GAUACUCAGUAAAACACCUGCUUAAGUAAUACUUGAAAAAUUAGUGUGAUGAAAUUUCAUUACUCCCUAAAAUAGUUACCUAACUAUAAUAAGCAACACCUGCUAAGACGCAAAAAAACAUCGUCCAAUCAUUUUAUGACCACAAAAUAAUUAAUUCUUAUCCACUUCUGUACCCACAUCUCCAUAAAAAAAUCCAUGCAGACCGAUCCAUAUUAUCUCGUUGACAACCUCGUCAUUAACAUAAAAUCUUGUCUACCAUCUCCGCAAAAGCUUUCCACAACCUUGCCCUCCCAUCCAAAAUUAUCCACGAAAAUCGUAGAACGCAAGCUUGUGGGGGGUCACUACUCUCCUAUUUUUAACUCACGUGCAUUGAUUCAACCCGAACGUGCAGCGUAAUUCGUGUGCCCCCACGGACCCCCCUGACUUAUGACAUGCUACCAUAUUUGGACGACGGCGCGCGUCUUACGCGUCGAUGUUCGAAGCACACCAUACAUGGAUGCUACCUACGUUAUUUCGGGUUAAGUCGACGCUAUAAAAACGUCUUAACACAUUCCAACCACCACUAGAUCGACGGCGCAUUAAAGAGUCGGAGGCGCGUUGUGAGUGCGACCGGAGAAGAGGUGUCUUGGAUUUUGGAGCGUCCGCCAGCAGUUGCAGAUAUUUUUGCAGCACCAUUAAACUCCCAUCAUGUGUGACGACGACGUGGCCGCCCUAGUCGUGGACAACGGCUCCGGCAUGUGCAAGGCCGGAUUCGCCGGCGAUGACGCCCCCCGUGCCGUAUUUCCGUCCAUCGUAGGCCGCCCCCGCCACCAGGGUGUCAUGGUGGGCAUGGGCCAAAAGGACUCCUACGUCGGCGACGAGGCCCAAAGUAAGCGUGGUAUCCUCACCCUCAAAUACCCCAUCGAACACGGUAUUAUCACCAACUGGGACGACAUGGAAAAAAUCUGGCACCACACGUUCUACAACGAACUGCGAGUGGCUCCUGAAGAACACCCCAUUCUCCUCACUGAAGCCCCACUCAACCCUAAGGCUAACCGCGAGAAGAUGACCCAGAUCAUGUUCGAAACGUUCAACGCUCCCGCUAUGUAUGUGGCAAUCCAGGCUGUGUUGUCGCUGUAUGCCUCUGGGCGUACGACUGGAAUAGUUUUGGAUUCUGGGGAUGGGGUGUCUCAUACUGUGCCGAUUUAUGAAGGGUAUGCUCUCCCGCAUGCAAUUUUGAGACUGGAUUUGGCAGGGAGAGAUCUUACGGAUUAUUUGAUGAAAAUUUUGACUGAGAGAGGGUAUUCGUUUACUACCACGGCAGAAAGGGAGAUCGUGAGGGAUAUUAAAGAGAAGUUGUGCUAUGUGGCGUUGGAUUUCGAGCAGGAGAUGGCGACAGCGGCGGCUUCUACCUCUUUAGAAAAGAGUUAUGAGUUGCCGGAUGGGCAAGUUAUCACCAUUGGUAAUGAAAGGUUCCGUUGUCCGGAGGCUCUCUUCCAACCGUCCUUUUUGGGUAUGGAAUCGUGCGGUAUCCAUGAGACUGUGUAUAACUCUAUCAUGAAGUGUGACGUCGACAUUAGAAAGGAUUUGUAUGCUAAUACAGUUCUGUCGGGUGGUACUACCAUGUAUCCAGGUAUUGCCGAUAGAAUGCAGAAGGAAAUAACAGCGCUAGCACCUUCAACUAUUAAAAUCAAAAUAAUAGCUCCUCCUGAAAGAAAAUACUCCGUUUGGAUUGGUGGAUCCAUCCUCGCUUCGUUGUCUACGUUCCAACAGAUGUGGAUUUCUAAACAAGAGUACGACGAAUCUGGUCCUGGAAUUGUUCACCGUAAAUGUUUCUAGUUUGGUUGUUGCAUUUAAAUUUUGUUCCGAAUGUCAGAUACUGCCUGUAGGCUAUGAUUUUGUAUCGAAUUCAAAGACUUAUGUAAAGUUCCGUCUUGCUAGAAGUAUUUUAUUAGAAACUGUAUUAUUAAGUAUUUAAAUUUAAAUAUUUGUAGUUUUAAGUUUAUUUUAUGCCAAAUAUAGUAUUUAUUUAUUUAAUUUUGUGUAGUUAUGUAAUAAAAAGUGAAAAAUUGUA